AUGCAGCUCAGCAAGAUGAUCGGUGUGCUAAGCGUGGGUGCUUUAGCUGCUUUGGCACUCUCGAGCAACCCUGUGGAUGCGUCGACGGCAGCCACACAGACCGGGCAUCGGCACCACCACCGCAGCCGCAGAGACGACGACGACAGCUCUGACAACCGCAGGGGAAGCUACGGCAAAAGGCGCGUCUACAGAGACGACGACGAUGACAGCAGUGACGGCGAAAGAAGGCCUUAUGGCAACCAGCGUGGCAACCAGCGUGGCAACAAUGACUACCGUAACGACAACGGCGGCGACGGUCGCGAUUAUUACUCGGGCGGCAAUGGCAACCAGCGCGCCAACGGAGGUGCGGCAGUGGGGCCGAUCAACAAUGGUGUUGGUGCCGGUGCUGGCGUGGCUCCCAAUGCUGGUCUCCCCGCCAACGGUGGAGCGGGUCAACCUGCCACUACGUUACCCUAUGCGGGCACACCUCCGAACACCGGGACUGCGGUGAAAGGGGGAGCUGGGGUAAAAGCUAAGCCAGGCCACAACCCUGUCACUGGGAAGAGCACCGGCGUGGAUUCGACUGGCAAUGCCAAUGUCGGUGCAGGCGGAAACGCGUAUGGCGCGGACGGUCCGCACCUGGCGGACGUGAAGCAGACGACCGUGCAGACCGGUGGCCUCCGCCACUAA